AAGAAUGAUGUAAUAUUUACAUAACACCUCCCCGAAAAUUUACCCAUGUUACUUUCUCCACCAAUCAUGGAAGUGCGUUCACUCAGCACGCCUUAGCUAUUUUCCUUAAAAGGCAUCUUAAAGAUGAUGGGCAGAAAAUUUGCAUAUGUGCUGCUAUAAAUGUUAGACCAGCCACCGAACACACCAGAGCGCGCCUGUCCGGGAGAAGAAGUGACAUUUCACACACUGCUGCACUGCGUACAGGAAAACAAUGGCCGUCAGGCUCCUCCUUACCGUGGGGCUCGUGCUCCUGGUCGGACAAGCAACCUCUCUAAACAUUCGAUCGAUCGCUUGUGAUUACAAUAGUCUACGGCUCAGCUGUAAUACUGGACUGGCUCUCAACAUCUUGUCUUCCAUGUACGGCCGGAUCACAAUGGACGUUUGUCGCCACAGCUCAAUCCAUACCACCGACUGCCGCACAGACAGCCUGAGUUUUGCCAGGUCCUUCUGUCAGGCGAGGCAAAGCUGCACGUUGUCCCACUUCCACCUAGUGCUCGGGGAUCCUUGUCCAUACACGCACAAGUAUCUGGAAGUCGUGUACAACUGCCAGCCUUACGCAUAUUUCGGACGUGGACUUGAAGACCACGAAGUCGACGACAUGGCGCGACUGGCAGAGGAAGCUCAGGACUCCAAGCUGCCCGUCGAGUAUGCUGAGGACAUGCGUGGUUUUAGUCAUGUCCUCAGCAUACUCGACGGGCAGCUUGGAGUCCUGAGCUUCCUCUGCCAGUCUGGGGAACAAGCACAGGACUGUGGACCCCGGAUUGGCGAUGGCCUCACCGCAUCCUGCGUGUGCGGAGCGCCACCCUGGCCUUCCAGCCGGGACUGCAGAUCAGCUACAUAG